GAGCACAUCACAUGAACUGCGAUGUAUAUAUAGUUGGUCGCUGCUGCUGCUCUCCCACAGCCCGCCUUUGUACCACCACCGAGAUUUUCACCUUCUCCCACUACUUGCCCAUCAUUACCUAUUACCCCCCCUAGUGUCUGGUGAAGCCAUCUCUUAUCGAUCCUACCCCUCAUCCAAUCUGCACCAUGGCUGCCCCCGCAGACAUCACCCUAAAGAACUUGAACGGCGAGUGGGUAAUGGACAAAACCCUGUCCAAUCCCACAGAACCGAUUCUCGAGCUGCAAGGAAUGGGUUGGCUCAUGCGUAAAGCACUCAGCGUCGCAACAGUCACCCUCUCCAUCCAUGAGUACCCCGACCCCGCAGACCCCACCGUUCUGCACAUCGACAUCGACCAGACUGUCACCGGUGGUAUCAAAGGUACAACCGAGAAGCGUAUCAGCGACUCCGAGCCGCGAGAGCACCAAGAUCACAUCUUUGGCCACGUCCGAGGCCAUUCCAAGUUUAGCCGUGGAUCCAAGGGUGAGGACGGAAAGGUCCGCCCUUAUCUGGACUUCAACACCAAAAGCGACGAGCCCCUGGUCUUCAAGUUCCUGAGGGGACAGGUGCUAGCUGACGGGAGCGAGAGCGAAGGGUUUCUUGUGGAAGACAUUGGCGAAGAGUAUGGCGAGGGCGAGGGCCUCUGGUACCAAAGCUUUGUGGAGAACCUGGAUAGCGGGUGGACUGCGGAACAGAUCUGGGGAUUUGAAGAGAUUGGUGGCAAGCGCUACUACACUCGCCGUGUUGCCGUGGUCAAGGGCAAGACCUACAAGUUGGCCCGAUUUGUCUACACCUUCAUCAAGCCUCGGGCUGAGUAAGGGCUUUCACAUGGGAUUCUCGUGAUUAGAAGCCGUUCUGUCUAAUAGAAUGAGGUGCUACCUCGGCACGGAGACCAGGACCCGCUCAAGAUCAGGUGCAGUCAGACGUGCUGUCCUACUAGAACUGAUUUGGGAGGACUAAACAUUAUUACUCCGUACAUUCGUUCAACCUGUCCCUCGUAAAGCGCUUAAAGACCAACAUGUACGGUAUGUUCCCAACUAGCGCUCUGCAUCAGCAUCGGAGUUCCAUUGAAAUACCGGGUGCGCUUGCAAAUUACAGUGAGUCAGAGCGGUAUAAUCAUAUCACUCGGCAGUCAUUAAAACAUUUUUCUCAUCCGGAAUGGUCGGGCACUUCUGAAUAUGAGAAGUCAGACGUAU